AUGGGCGUGCAAGGAUUAUGGCAGAUCUUGCACAAGGCGGGGCAGUCACGCUCGUUAACACACCUCGCUGUCGUGGAUGGCUUUGAGGAGAACGAGUCAGGAAGGCGAGCCUACUGGGUAGGAAUUGAUGCAAGUAUAUGGUGUUAUCAUGUUAGCCACGUCAAGGGUGGAAAGAACCCCGAACUACGCACGCUGUUCUUCCGCUUGCGACGUCUAGCAGAGCUUCCUCUCGUUCUCCUCUUUGUGUUGGAUGGUCCUGAGCGGCCGAAGAUAAAGAGGGGGAGCAGGGUGGGCAAGUCAGGCUUUCAUAAGCUGACUGCUGGUCUGAAAAAACUUCUUGACAUUUUCGGGAUGGAAUGGCGGAUCGCACGAGGAGAGGCUGAAGCCGAGUUGGCAUACCUCAAUCAGACUGGGGUAAUAGAUGCUGUCAUGACUGAUGACGUCGACGCCCUCGUUUUUGGUGCUCGGACUAUCAUAAGGAAUUCCAGUCUCAAUCUAUCGGGAAAUAAGGCAUAUCCAGCACUCAACUCAGCAGGAAAGCUCAGCCAGCACCAUGUCAUGGUGUACACCAUCGAUCUAAUUCGCACUCAUUCGGAUGUUUCUCUAUCCAGAGGCGGGUUGAUACUUUUCGCCCUUUUGUCCGGGGGGGACUAUGGCAAUGGCUUGAGAGGCUUUGGUCCUCAGAUAUCUCAUGCAUUGGCUCGAUUGGGAUUCGGCGACACGCUCCUCAAUGCAUAUCAACAGCAUGACCAGCGGGAUUUGUUUCCAUUCCUCGCACAGUGGCGUGCAGAUUUGAACACCGAGCUCAAGACAAACGCUCGAGGUCUCCUACGCUAUUCCUAUCCAUCCCUGCACAUACCGGACCACUUCCCAAAUGUGCAGCUACUGCGGAGCUAUGUGAACCCACUAAACAGUGCCAGUGGUGGCCGUCAAGGCGGAGGUGCUCUACGAGAUAAUGCUGAACUAAAUAUCCCAGAGGCCGCAGCAUUUUGCGAAACUUACUUUGACGAGUGGGGCUACCGGUCUGCAAUCGUAAAGCGGUUCCGAGAUCUGAUAUGGGAGGCUGCUAUAAUACGUAUCGUUCGACGUGCGGCGUUGGAAGCUGACAAAGAGGAGGUGGCAAAAAGACUCAAAGCUGGUCGGGGUGGUGUUACCAUUAAAGGCCCCCUCACUCCCUCACGAGAUGAUGCCUUUGGAACGCCUUCCUUAUUUGUCAACAGAUACCUCAACCCGAGCGAUGUUAACUGUCGAACUGCAGUAUUCGUUAACGGAGACAACCAUGCAUCUCGGCCGACCCAUGUCCAUGAUUCGAAUCUAAUCAAGAGGGUAGUCGGCUCUCGCCGGCAUGUUUCCACGGACAACAUCCUCGAAUAUCGAGUAGAGGUUGAUCCGGCACAGUUAGUCUCUUUGGCCCACUCGGGCAUUAGAGGAAAACACGCUGAGCCUUCCGGCAAUGUCAGAAAUGCAGGACCUGCCAUAAAACUGCCUCCAGACCCGCGUAGCAUUAUGAAGAUGUGGAUACCGGCUUCAAUGAUGCGCCAGGUGCAUCCAGAGCUCGUGGAGGACUAUAAUACUGGUAUGGAAGCAAAGCGGACCAAAACGAAUGUCACCAGAACACACAAGAAGCAGCAGCUCGAAGAGAAUGAGGCUGCACAGGAAGCCAAGAGGAUAGCAGGGGCAGGGAAACGAAAGAGAUCUCCAAAGCACGUUAACGGUGACAAUGAGGACACUGCACCAUCAGAAGCCCCAGAACCAGCGACGAAGAAGCGUCGAUACUACCCCUCCGCAGAGCCUUCAUCAUCUCACUCUACUGUCAGCCGCAGUGCGUUCUUGCGAAAUGUUUCCGUCAUAAUCGACCUAAUGUGA